UCGGCUCCACUCACUCACACUGACGCGUGCAGCUGAGGGGGAUGCCAGCCAGCCAGGCGGGGCCCAUUAGAUCAUGCUGGACCGGCGGCUAUAUAAGCGGCGCGUUCAGCCUCCUCAGAGCCACAUUAGCCAGUGAUGAAUAGCGCGGCGCGGCUGGGGUGACCUGAGUUUCCUGAGGCGCGGGGGGCGGGCGCUGACGCGAGCGCGUGUCCUCGCAUGGGUCUGAAGAGUCGCGAGUCCUUCAGCGAGUGCGCACUUCUCUCGGUUCUGUGAGUGAGCGAGUCGCUCCGCGGCCAUGGCGGAGGUCGGCGGCGUCCUGGGCUCCAUCGAUCUGGAUUUACAGAGCUUCCCCGCCUUCGGGAAUAUCCCCCUGUCGGACUCUCCGGCCGGCCUGAACGAGCGCCUGGGGCUGAUCGAGGGGCGCCUGCAGCGCGGCUCCCUGCCCGACUUCGACCACCUGAAGGGCAUCCUGCGCCGCAGGCAGCUGUACUGCCGCACGGGCUUCCAGCUGGAGAUCUUCCCCAACGGCACGGUGCACGGGACGCGGCAGGACCACAGCAGAUUCGGUAUCCUGGAGUUCAUCAGUCUGGCUGUGGGGCUGGUCAGCAUAAGAGGCGUGGAUGCCGGCCUUUACCUGGGAAUGAAUGAAAAAGGAGAGCUCUAUGGGUCGAAGAAGCUGACAGCAGAGUGCGUUUUCCGCGAGCAGUUCGAGGAGAACUGGUACAACACGUACGCCUCGACGCUCUACAAGCACACGGACACCGGGAGGUACUACUACGUGGCCCUGAACAAGGACGGGUCGCCUCGAGAAGGCGGGAGGACUAAAAAGCAUCAGAAGUUGACUCACUUCCUACCCAGGCCUGUGGAGAUCGACAAGAUCCCCCAGGCUUACAGGGACUUGUUCCAGCACAGGUGACCAGAGCUCCCGCCAGUGCUGCUGGAGGAGCGUCUGAGGGGGAAGGAAGUGGGGAUUGGACGUAAGGGAUGGACACCGGGAGGGCUUAUGGAGACCCUCCGCUUCUUCCCUUCGCAACUGUUUAGAUUUGCCUUCUGGUCCAAAGUGAGGAGUCCCUCUCCAGCAGUGACUGAGAUAAACAGUACGUGUGUGUUCCUGGAUGGCUUCGUUUCCUCUCCUUAAUGGGUUUUAAAACCACAGAGCAGAGAGGACAUUCCUCCCACCGUCGCCGGUGCCAAGAGGUGUCCGAGGGAGAGGUGUUGACUUCAGGGGCCCAGGACUCCUCGGUGUCACGCAACUGCUUCACCCUGAGACAGUCGUGAGCACGCACUUAGUACAUCUGCUAAAAUUCUCAAGGAACCACUCGUGAUGGAAAGUGAACCACUUAUGGGGCAUGCACUUCUAGAAAAACUCUGGCUUCAGUUUUUGUCUCUGCAAGUUUAAUAGCACUUAGAAUGUCUUACACAUGAAGGUGAAAGGAGUCUGCUCACGUCCACAGAGCAGGUUGAAACUCUGACACUGAUGAUUUCUAUUCCUGUCACCUUGGACACAAUCAACAAUUAAGCGUAGCUGUAAACUUCUUAAGAAGUGUCUUUGCAAGCUUACACUCACCUUCUAAAUAUGCAGUCAGGACUGCAAAAGGACCAGAGUUCUGGCCUUAUGGAGAAAAAGUUAUACAGUACUUAAGAGAGCUUUGAGACCUGGUGGACAAGGAGGAACAUACCGUAGCAUCUCAAUAAGAGAACCGUAGAAGCAAGAGCUUUUCAGACAAACGUACGUUUAAGGACACUUGAGGGGUGAGAGGUACUACUAAGUAAUAAAACUGGCCAGCUUAUACUGAAACAAUAACAACCACUGAUGAAAAAGCAAAACCAUAGAGGACUGCAGGGUUUAAGGGAAAGGCCUAAAAGACCACCUAAGAUGAACACACAUGAGGGCAGAGUGGAAGAGACCAUCUUCAGUGUGAAACACUGGGAGAUAAAUGAGCACUUAGCACCACUCUGUGAAUCCACUCCUUGUCUUUUGAAGGUUCUGGAAAUGUCCACUGGCUGAAAAGAAAAACAAAAAGCACUCUCUGAGAAAAACCCAGCGAUGAAUCUAUUAAAACCAGGGAAAAGCUAUGGUAUAUGCAGAAAGGCUGAGUAGGAGUGUUGGGUGGUUAAGGAAAGGGGUGACUUGUAAUGUUCAGGCUGUCAGGAACAUUAUUAAAAACGCAAGUGACAGGUGUAAAUAUGGAUGAACCUAUU